AUGUCGUCCUCCGUCGCCCGGACGGCCCCGCUCGUGUUCCCGGCUGCGGGAAAGCACACGGCCACCGUCAUCUUCGCCCACGGCCUCGGCGACACGGGCCACGGGUGGGCGAGCGCCGUCGAGAACUGGCGGCGGAGGCAGAGGCUUGAUGAGGUCAAGUUCGUGCUGCCUCAUGCACCUCAGAUCCCCAUUACCUGUAACUGGGGCAUGCGCAUGACGGGUUGGUUCGACAUUAAAGUCCUCGACGGCACAGUCGAGGCCCUCCGCGAAUCCGAAGACGAGCGGGGGAUCCUCGCCUCGUCAGAGUACUUCCAGCAGCUCGUCCAGGCCGAGGUGGACGCAGGCAUCCCUGCCGAGCGCGUCGUCCUCGGCGGCUUCAGCCAGGGCGGCGCCAUGGCCAUUUUCUCCGGGUUGACGGGCAAGCACCGGAUCGGCGGUAUCGUGGGCUUGUCGUGCUGGCUGCUGCUGAGCAACAAGUUUGCUGGGCUUGUGCCCGCGGAGAAGGCGAACCAGGAGACGCCCGUGUGGUUGGGCCACGGGGACGCGGAUCCGCUUGUGAGGCCUGAGUUGGGGGCGCUGAGUAUGGAUGCGUUGAAGGGGCUUGGGUAUAAGGUUUCGAGGACGCUUUACCCGGGUCUGGGCCACGCUGCUUGCCCUGAGGAGUUGGACGACGUCGAGGCCUUCUUGUUGGAGAGACUCCCGCCUACCCAGAAGUAG